AUGGGCGGCGGCGAUGCCCUCCAGAAGUCCAUGGCCGUCCUCGCGGCGGUCAAGAAGGGGAUGACCUCCGUGUCUGAGCUGCGGGACCGGUGCAACGACGCCAUCCGGGCUGGGGUGGACGUCAACGGGGUGGCGGAGCGUCAGCGGGUGCCCGUGGGUGGCGUGCACGGCCGCGACUACAUGAAGCUGGUCAGAGACGACGUGAAGCUGAGGCUGAAGGAACACGCGGAGAAAGAAGGGAAGAGGCUCCCGGGGUUCGGGAACGACGACGGCGACGGGGCGGACGCGAAGAGGCUCGCGGUGGGUGGCGUGGAUGGGGAACCGCCCCUCCGACUGGGAACCGGUGACUCGACCGGCGAGAGGCUCGUCGCACUCGGGGACGGUAAGGAACGCGGAAAGGGAAGGGCGACGUCCACGUCCGGGAGCGAGGACGACGGAGAUGACGCGGACAUCCCCGGCAUGUCCAAGGGUGAGCUCGUCGAUGCGGUGCUGAAGGAGCGGGUGCGGGGCGCCAAGCUGAAGCGUCGGUUGGAGAGGAUGGAGGACGAGCGCAAGAGGAAGAGGAAGAGAGGACGGAAGGAGGACGAUAAGCGGAGACGAAAGGGCAAGGGGAAGAAGAAGAGCAAGUCCAAGUCGAGGCGAAGAUCCUCGUCGUCGUCGUCUUCGUCGUCCUCAUCUGAGAGCUCGAGCUCGGAGCGCCGGUACGACCACAUCAGCGGCAAGGUCAUCAAGCUGAAGCGGAAGUCCUCCAGGGUCGACGACCGGCUGGAGUCCAACCGGUUGAAGACCUUGAAGCUUCUCAACUCAGCAUAUUAAUAG